AUGAAGUCGAAUGAGCCUAUUUCCCUUGCUAUCCAAUACAAUCGCGAGAAAUGUACAACUUCACGUCCCUCCCCCGAUGACUGUCUCCUUUAGAAAGUGAUUCGUUGAGAUAAAGUGGAUCAAGGGGGAAAAGGAUGGGACGCCUGGAUGGGAAAGUGAUCGUGCUGUCUGCUGCCGCGCAGGGGAUUGGCAGGGCCUCAGCCAUAGCCUUUGCUAAGGAGGGGGCACAAGUAGUGGCUACUGACAUCAAUGGAGAAAAACUUAAAGAACUUGAUGGUGUUUCAGGAAUCAAGACCAAGGUUGUUGAUGUAACAAAGAGUGACCAAGUUGAGGCUCUUGCUAAGGAGCUAGAUCGCGUGGAUGUGCUGUUUAAUGUUGCUGGCUAUGUCCAUCAUGGCUCCAUUCUGGACACUGAGGAGAAAGACUGGGAUUUUACAAUGAAUGUGAACGUCCGCAGCAUGUUUCUGAUGAUUAAGGCCUUCUUGCCCAAGAUGCUUGCACAGAAAUCAGGAAAUAUUAUUAACAUGGCAUCAGUAGCCUCCAGUAUCAAAGGUGUGGUGGACAGAUGUGUCUACAGCACCUCUAAAGCGGCAGUCAUUGGACUUACCAAAUCUGUGGCUGCAGACUUUAUUGACAAAGGCAUCCGCUGUAACUGUGUUUGCCCUGGAACUGUGGACACACCAUCCCUGAGGGACCGAAUCCAAGCGAGACCCAAUCCUGAGCAGGCCCUAAAGGACUUCCUUGCCAGACAAAAGACGGGUAGAAUGUGCACCGCAGAGGAAGUAGCCCACCUCUGUGUAUACUUGGCUUCUGAUGAGUCAGCCUAUGUGACUGGAACUGAACAGAUCAUUGAUGGCGGGUGGAGACUUUGAAGACUGCUGGCAUUAUUACACUUUUCUUUUUUGAGGAAUUAUAAUUAGGUCUACUUUAUUGGUGAACAUGGAUUUUGGCAGAGGAUUGGAAUUGAUGAACCAGGCACGCAUUUUGUUAUCUAUGACAAUCCAAAGGGACUAGUGCUUUUUCCAGUCAUAAAAUGCAUGCUGAUCAAUAAAUAGGCCUAAUACCAUUCAUUAUAAAAUACAACAAAGUUCACUCCAGGUCAGCCUACGCCUACACGUCAUCACUCCCUCAUAGCUGUCAUCACUGUUAUUUCUCAGAGAAAUUGUGUGGCCUUAUGUAAAAAUAAAAUAACAUUGAUUGAAACUGAA